UGUCCUAUCUUUGCCUUCUAAAAGUAAUACAGUCCAAUAAAAGCGUCAUACUUUCCUGAACGGGCUUUGUUAUUGUAUGUAUGAUAAAUAGACUAUUAUUAGAGAAGAGAUAGGACUCAGUGACAGUGAGAAGAUUCAAGUGAGAGGAAGUCAGAGGAAAGCUCAGGUUCUGGAGUUGCUCAUUCUGUGUUUGGUUCCUCUAACCUGCACUGGACUUUUCCUGGCCAGGGAAAUUCUGUCCUCCUGACAUGUUACUUAUAAGCUUGCACACUAAAACACAACAAAGCAUAGCGAGGUCAGUCUGGUUGUGGAGGUCAAUCUUGUUGGAUUUUUGAGUGAUCAAAGAUGUUUUUCCUCUUGCUAUGUACAUUGAUGUUUCCCCAGUCCUCUACUGUAGGAUCCAUCAAAACAACUGAGAGUUACUGGACACUUAAACCUAAUGUGCUUGUAGUGAAUGUAGAUGCUGGUAAAGAUGUGAACAUGGUACAAGUGCCACUUAUUUGUGGAGAAGCCUACGAAGGGCAAAAUGUUACAUGGACCAAAAACAAAGAUGAAAAUCUGGAGGCUCAAGAAAACAGGAUCAUGGUCACAGUGGAGGGGUGGAAGGGGGCAAAUUACUCCUGUUUCGACAAGGAGGGCUCCUACCUAAAUCACACACUGGUGCUGGCUCAGUGGACCUUCAAGAAGAUUAUCAAGAGCACUCCUGAGAAAGGUUACAUCCAUUGUUCAACAAAUAACUAUGGAGGUUCCUUCCAAUGUUCCUGGACAUGGGAUAAGAACAGGCAUGGGCAUGUUGCUCAUAUCAAAGCCACACGGCCUCACGGUGGAAGCAACAUCAGCUGUAGUCUGGAUUCUGAAGGACAGAGUAUCACAUGCUUAGAUCAAGACUACUGUGCUUAUUCAGAGGAGGUGGACCGCAUCAACCUGACCAUAUACUUCAGAAGUAGCUUUGUUGUAGAAACCUACAACAAAAAGUUCUACAUCAUGGAUAUUGUGAGGCCUGAUGUGGUGGCUAUUAGCAGGAUCAAUAAAACAUCUGUAGAAGUUGGCUAUCCACACUCCUGGAACACACCAUCUUCCUACUUCCCUCUCAUCUUCCAAGUGAAAGAGAUUCGCUGUCGGAAAGGCAAAAAAUGUGACUGCUCCAAACCAAAAUUACUGACUUACCUCACACAAAGCCACCAGGUGCCAGUGAAAAAAGGGACGGCGGUGUGUGUGAGAGCGAGGGAUGAAUUCUGCAAUUCCUCUUGGAGUGAAUGGAGCCUGCACAAAUUCAGAAACAGAAAAAGAAGCACUGGAACCAAAAACCAAAGUACAUGAUGCUAUAAUUUAUUAUGUAUAAUUAAAUAAAACUUUACAUUUUAAAAAUCUUUUUAACCAUUAUGAACAAAGAUUGACUCCAAUUAGACCUACUUUGGUCUUAUACUGUAUAAUUAAAUACAAACACAUUGUAUGUGUUCUUUUAAUAGUUUAUCUAUUUUAUAAUAGAAUGAAAAACACUAUCAUGCCCUUAAAUGAAUUAUUUAUGACUGUAAUACAUUUCGAUUGCAUUAAAUGUAUUUAUUAUGAUUGC